AUGGUGCAGACCGUGGAUCCAGACGCCAAGGCGGCACCGAAACCCGUUGAGUCCAAGGAGCUGGCGAAACCGAAGGCCUCCAAGCCGCAUGCUUUCCUGAGGCAUCUUGAGAUCGGAAGCAAAUUCAUGUCUAUGAUAGUGCGCAUGAGGCGCUGCUUCCUCUUCCUUCCUCUUUCUUUCCUCUUUCUUUCCUGUAUCCGCAACCUGAUCUACCUCCUCAUGGUGGAUACGGACCUCGCAGUGGCGCGAGGCGCGAAGAGACCGAUGACCCCACAGAAAGAACUUACGGAGAUCAGUGGACGAGUGCAGGUGGGUGUAAGGAUGAUGAACAGCGACUUUGUACGCCCGAUCCAGCAUGACAUUACUGGGAGAGAGGCCAUUGAGAACCCAGCCCCAGGACGCUUUACUGGUCAAGACGAGAGAAGCAAGCAGUGCGCGAAAUUUACGCGUGACGGGGAGCACACCGAUGCGCCGAGCAAUGGUAGCGAGACCAUCAGCACGUUUGGUUUCAUUGAGAGUAGGAGACCGAGGAAAUAUGCCGAGAGAGACCCCAAGCACAGUCCCCACCCGAAGAGCUUCCCAACCCUGCUGUUUGAGAGAUUCGUACGCAUCCGCCGAGCGCGCGAUGGGCUGGGUUUUGCGAGCAUUAGUGCGCAUGCGCGUAACAUCUUCCAGCCGUUGCCAGAGGUGAAGUGCGUUCGUGAGAUCCUGCAUGUUGCGCGCAAGGAUAGCCCCGCAGCUUUGGAAGACAUGUCCAUGGCAGCUUUUUUGACAUCACGACAAUUGAUUGUCGGCAAGUUAGGUCUCGCCCCAAGCCUGCGAGAGAAACUCCACAGCUUGAACAGGGGAGGUACAGACCCAGUGCAAAUCAACCUGUUGCGCAGGGGUGUGGGAACUGGUCGAUUUUUGGCUUCGCCAACCCUGACCCCCCGCAACCCAGUUCUGGCCAUAGAAGAGGAAGGUCCUUUGUCGCUGGCUUUACGCACCUUCGGUCUGUUCUUUCUCAAGGCACGCAAGACCCAGACGCCAUGGUGUGAACAGACGGGGUGGGACACGCGACGGAUGCGCGGGAACAGAAUCCUUAGCAGCGCACGCCACACCCGAACUGAACCUGGGGGCAACGACCAUACGGGUCCAGACAUUGGUUUUGUGAGACCAGAUGAUUACGGGGAGCCCGUACUUUUCGGAGAACGCCUGGAGAGCAGUACCUUCAACCCACGUACCAGACUUCGCGGUCUCUUCACACCAUUCCUGAAAUUUGUCUUCAUUGUGGAAAAUCUCAGAGAACCAUUUGUGAUGUUUCCGGACAUGUUCAACGACCUUGACACGGACGAACCUGCCUUGGAUCCUUGCAGCUUCCUCAGUAACCUUGGCCGGUUCUUUGGAAGUAGCAGUGCCGGCGCACCGGUAAAAGCAAUCUCCCUCACCUCCCAUAUCCCUAAGAGACCAACCUUUGCCAAUGGCAUCAUCAGGAUCAGAGGGCGGGUAGAAAGACUUGGAAGGGCUGAGCUUGGCUUUUUUGGCAGCCUGCCGGGUAGGAUCAGGAGAAGGCGGGUCAGGGACCGUGGGGGCAACCGUUUGCGACGCACCGGGUUGUCGACGGGGAGACCUGGAUCCGUGACCUCGGGUACCUUGUUGAUCAUCAGUGUCCAUUUGAUCAGGCCUGGGGUCCUGAUCCCAGUCUUCCAGAUGCAGGGAGGUGAUCCAAGUGCUGUUCCUUUCUUGCGGGCUCUUGGCGAGGGGAGGGGGGUCGGUAGGUUUGCGCGCGUCCGCGUGGGCUGGUUUACGGGGCGCGGAACCUUGGGAGACAUGUCCUUGGUCCACCUGCAAGCCAAAACGGCAAUGUCCUCCAAGCCCCAGCUCUCGGACAUGUCCUGCGGCAAGUGGUCAAAGUCCCCGAUGUCCAAGCUCUUGAACGUGUUCGCCAUAGCUCCCACCGCGGCCGAGCUGUGGGGAGCCCAGAUCGGGCUAGUGUCGAAAUGUGACGUGUUGUCACAGACCGAACGACGAUCGAAAUCGAGAGGCACAGACAAGGACACGGACGGUGACAUGGACAGCAACAGCACAACCAGCCAGCCUUUUGUCCGGCCGCAGUGGCCCCGCUCUUUGGCCCCUGUGGCUCGGCCAAGUGACGUCAUCGAAUGGAUCCCUCAAGAGAAGGACGAAGAUGACAUGGAUUACUUUGCACGAGUGGUGAUGCCGGAGGAAACGGUGACUGUGGUUACCGUGCCCUUGCUGUUGCUUAUGCGCGCCAAGAUGCCAGAAGUGUCGAAGUGGAUUGACGGCCCAUGUCUUUCCACUGCUGCCACCAAGUUGCGUCGUAACAUUGCCAUUUGGAAGUGGGAAAAUGACCAAUGGGGCAAGCAGACCGUGAUCACUCCUUUGCCAUCCCAUGAACAAAAUGUGGAUGAUGCCACCAAAUAUCCUCCAUUGCCGUUGUUCUUGGAAGAUGCACGCGGUAGAACAUUGAAACCAGGGCCUGCAUCGCCCGCUCGUGGCGUGGCCCGGCCGAAGCCCAUGCCAAAGCGAGCGCACAAGGCGACGCUGUUUCGUCCAGAUGGUCGAGCAACAGAUGCAGCUGGCUCCGUUGUUUCGUCUCGCGAGACAUGGCGCAUGCGGUAUGAACUUGCACGCAAAAACUUUCCCAUUCAUGCCAGUAUCGACUGCAUCGAUGGAUGCCGCUUCGCCCUGGUCUUCCCCAUCGUGGUGGCUCAUUUCGCGAGGUUUAGCACCAACAAUUUGACGGCUCUGAAACUGUUGACACAGGAGAUGGGACUAGCAGCCAGGGGAGAUGCCGAUGCUGGCUGGUCAGGUGAUGUGUGGUGGGUUUUCAUGCGCUUGAGCAUGACUGCUGGAAGGCGUGCAGUUCAUCAAGGGCAUAUAUAA